AAGCAAUUGAUGCUGUCUAAGUUCGUUUCAUUUUAAUCAUCUACAGGUAUUAAUUAUGAUCAUCAAGAGACAAUAGGGAUAAAAUGUUAAAAAUGCUGUAAAAUUGGGAAUUGUUGAGAAGCUAUAUGCUUCUUGGAAUUGACAACCAACAAUCUGAAUAGAAAUUCUUAGUAUAUUGUAAGCAGAUAUUUCUAAUAUAGAACAUAUAUAUGUUUGUAGGAGAUUGCUUAGGUUAGGGAAAAGUUUACAAACCAUUCUUAAUAUCUUACAAAAAUAACAAAUUCAUCAUCCAAAAAAGCAUUUUCAUCAAAUUCCUCAUGCUGUUAAUGAAAUGUCAACCUAUUCUGUCUAUAUGUUCUAUUUCUUUUUCCAUCUAAUAGAGGGUAUUAUGGUCAUACAUUAAAUGGGAUUUUUUGAGAAAACAUUCAAUCAUCAAUUAUUGAAAAUUAUUUCUCAUUCUUUUUGGACCUUAGGAUUGUUAACAUAAUUGGUUUUCUACUUAAAUAGAUUAAGAACUAAUUUUAGAAGGUAUAAAUAUUAUUACUAAAGAGAGAGUCUGAGAUGAAGUAAUAAAUUUAAAAUGGGAUAUCUAAUUAGGAAUUUAUUUCUUAGAUCAAAGCCUUGACAAAUGAAAGAUAUCAAUAUGGAUUACUGAUUUUAAGAAUCAUAGGUGAUCUAACCUGUGCCAUGUAAAAAGCAUAAAUACCAGAACAAAUAGUAUGACCAUUAUAUAAUGAAAAUAGUUAAAUACAAGAUUUAACAGAGGAUUAGUUGCUUUAGGAGGUUUAAUGAGUUCAGCCAUUCAGAUCUAUUUACAAGCUAAAAGGGAAGAUAAAAAAGAAAACGUGUGUGAGGUUUGAG